UUUCCGAAGAAGAAUUGCAGUCUAGGCAAAAACAAUGCAACUUUUACAGAUGGGUAGAAUCGUAUAGAAAACACGGUCACAAAAUUGCAAAUGUGGAUCCUGUUAAUUUUAAACAAAUACCCAGUACAUUGCCAGUAUUAAACGAAUCCAGAUACGGAUUGACAGAGUCGGAUCAGCUGAAUUUUAGGGGCAUCCUUGGUUCAAAUACAGAAAGUGGAACUGUUAAAGAAGCCUCUCAAUUUUUAAGGGAUGUUUAUUGCGGAGAAAUUAGCGCCGAAUUCGACUAUAUCGAGAGUGAAGAAGAACUCCAAUGGUUCGCCAAGAACUUCGAAACUUUACCAAGUCAAGAAUGCACGAACGAAGAUCGCAAAGUUUUUGCCGAACUUUUGGUAAAGUCCCAGACAUGGGACAACUUUUUAGCCACAAAAUUUGGAUCAUUAAAACGAUAUGGCGGUGAAGGAGCUGAGAGCCUUUUGGUGUUUUUAAAUGAAAUUUUGAAACUAUCAGCUAAAGAUAAUUUGGAGCACAUGGUUUUGGGUGCAGCCCAUCGUGGCAAAUUCAAUUUUCUCACCGGUUUGCUAAAAUGUCCACCAAAAAAAAUGUUCAAGAAGUUUAAAGGCUUUCCUGAAUUUCCUCCGACUGCCAAGGCUAUGUGUGAUAUAGCUAGUCAUUUCAAUGCUUCCGUGGAUUUAAAAAUCGAUGGCAAGACUCUUCAUGUAUCAAUGUUGCAUAAUCCAUCACAUCUUGAGGCAGUCAAUCCAGUUUCUAUGGGUAAAACUAGAUCCAAACAGAUGACCACUCAGGAUGGCUCUUUUUCAAAUUUUCCUACACAGAGAUGGGGCGACAAAGUUCUAAACGUACAGAUGCAUGGUGAUGCUGCAUUUGCAGGACAAGGUAUCAACCAGGAAUGUCUUAUGAUGACAGGGACGCCACAAUUCGAAAUUGGAGGAACUAUACACAUGGUCAUAAAUAACCAAGUUGGUUUUACAACUCCAGGCGACCGUGGACGUCAGACCAAAUAUUGCACCGAUUUGGCCAAAAGUAUUUGUGCGCCAGUACUGCACGUAAAUGGUGACAACCCAGAGAUGGUUUGCAAGGCCACACGUCUGGCCUUUGAGUAUCAAAGGCGUUACAGAAAAGACGUUUUUGUGGACCUAAAUUGUUUCAGAAGGUGGGGCCACAAUGAAUUGGAUGACCCUACGUUUACUAAUCCGUCUCUGUAUAAUAUUAUACAUAAUAGAAAGUCAGUUCCAGAUUUGUAUAGCGAAAAACUAGUCUCACAAGGCAUUUUAACGUCCGAAGAAGUUUCCAAAAUUGCAAAAGAUUACACGGAUUAUCUUAAUGGAGAAUUGCAGACUGUCGAUAGUUAUGAACCAGAGGAGUCGUACUUAAAAAAACAAUGGCAAGGUUUUCAACAAGCACCAAGUGCAAUCACAGAAUGGGACACAGGAGUGGAUCCAUCUUUACUAAUGUACAUAGGCCAAAAUUCAGUGAAAUACCCCGAAGAUUUCAAUGUUCACCCAACUCUAAAAAAGCACCACAUAGCAAACCGCAUCAAAAAAGUGAACGACGGCGAAAAAAUCGACUGGGCGACUGCUGAAGCGAUGGCAAUAGGUAGUUUGAUGUACCAAGGGCACAACGUGCGUAUAAGUGGUGAAGAUGUUGGUAGAGGUACCUUUUCGCAUCGACAUGUAAUGUUGGUCGAUCAAAAGUCAAAUGAAAUGUUUAUACCUUUAAAUUCGAUGGAAGGAGGUCUUGGUGGAAAAUUGGAAGUUGCAAACAGUAUUUUAUCCGAAGAAGCAGUUUUAGGUUUUGAGUACGGAAUGGCUAUAGACAAUCCAAAUAAUUUAAUUAUUUGGGAAGCCCAAUUUGGUGACUUUUUCAAUGGUGCACAGAUUUUGAUUGAUACGUUUAUUGCAAGUGGAGAAACAAAAUGGUUAUACUGCAACGGCAUGGUCAUGCUUCUACCUCACGGCUACGACGGAGCAGCCUCGGAGCACUCCUCCUGCAGAAUCGAAAGAUUUUUGCAAAUGACUGAUAGUAGUGAAACUACUCCUGAUGGUGAUGACGUCAAUAUGCACGUCGUAAAUCCUACUACACCUGCUCAAUAUUACCAUCUACUCCGAAGACAAAUUAUUAGGAAUUUCCGCAAACCUUUGAUUGUCGUUGCUCCAAAGACUUUAUUGAGACUGAGCGAAGCUUCAUCGAGUUUGAUGGAGAUGGCGCCUGGAACGACGUUCCAACCAGUAUUGGGUGAUAAAUCUGUGAAUCCUAGCGAUGUAAAUAAAGUAAUAUUCUGCAGUGGAAAACAUUAUUAUGCUCUGGAUGCAGAAAGACAAGCCAGAAAUGCUAAAGAUGUGGCCAUUGUGAGGUUGGAAUCAAUUUGUCCUUUCCCUUUGCAUUAUAUACAACAAGAGCUUUCGAAAUAUACAAAAGCAAGAACAUUUAUUUGGAGUCAAGAAGAGCACAGAAACAUGGGCGCUUGGUCGUUUGUGCAACCGAGAUUUGAAAAUUUAGCAGGAACAAAGAUAAAAUAUACCGGGCGUGAUGUGGCAGCGACACCUGCCGUCGGCGUCGGCAAAUGGCAUCAAGAACAAGCCAAAGCCGUCGUCACAGAUCCAUUUGAUUUUAAACAAUAAUAAUAUUAAGUCUGAAUUUAAUUAAGAACCAAACUGAGUAUUAAAUCAAUUACUG